UAAUUAUGUAUAGUCAAAAGGAAAAGAAUACAAAACUUUAGUCUAGAGUCUAGACAUAUGGGCAUUGCCUAACUAUAAAAGGGUGUAGAGACUCAUGCAAUGAUGAACCACACACUUGUUAUUAUAACUUUGUGAUAUAUCAUAGAAGAAAAAUGAGCCUUGAAGGAAAGUUGGUUUCUCAUAUAAACAUCAAGUGUGAUGGAGAUAUUUUCCAUGACGUAUAUAGGCAAAGACCACACCAUCUCUCCAGCAUGUGCCCUGAUAAGGUACAAAACGUUGAUGUUCAUGAAGGUGAAUGGGGCACCAUUGGCUCUGUUAAUUUCUGGAGCUACACCCAUGAUGGGAAAGAGAAGGUGGCAAAGGAGAAAGUUAAAGAAAUAGAUGAAGAAAAGAAGUUAAUUAAAAAAAAGAUAAUUGAAGGAGAUAUAUUGGAGGAUUACAAAUCAUUUUAUAUCACUGCUCAUGUUGAGACAAAGGGUGACAACAACCUAGUUACUUGGAUCAUAGAAUAUGAAAAGAAGAGUGCAAAUGUGCCAGAUCCACACACUUUCAUGGAAUUAUGCCUCAAUGUCACAAAAGAUAUUGAGGCUUACCACAUCAAAUGAUACAUAAAUAUAAGUGCUUGGAAUAAUGUGUGGUGUGCUUUGAAAUGUCUACUGUAUAUAUAUGUAGUAAAAAAUGAAAUGAGUGGAUGUGUAAUUUCUAAUUUCGUGAUGCCUAUUAUUAAUAAAAAUAAAAGCUGCUAUUUGGAUUGCA